GCGGGCUCUGCGCAGGCGCAGUGUCCCCGGGCGGCCGCAGGCUCGCGCGCCCCGCGCCCCUCCCCCCACUAUAAAUAGGGCGCGCUCCCCGCGCGGCCCCUCAGAGCCCCCCGCGCCCCCGCGCCGCCAGGAGGUGCCGCGGCCGCGCUCGGCGCCGCCAUGGGGAGGAAAUCGAGCAAGGCCAAGGAGAAGAAGCAGAAGCGCCUGGAGGAGCGGGCGGCGAUGGAUGCCGUCUGCGCCAAGGUGGAGGCGGCCAACAAGCUCGAAGAUCCCCUCGAAGCCUUCCCGGUGUUCAAAAAAUACGACCGCAACGGCCUCGAUGUCGCCAUCGAGUGCCGGCGCGGCGCCGGCCUGGAGCCAGCCACCCUCGAGUGGGCUUUCGAGCUGACCAAGAGCAACAUGCAGACGCUGUACGAGCAGAGCGAGUGGGGCUGGAAGGAGCGGGAGAAGCGGGAGGAGCUGGCGGACGACCGCGCCUGGUACCUCAUCGCCCGCGACGCCGCCGCCGGCCCCGUCGCCUUCUCCCAUUUCCGCUUCGACGUCGAGUGCGGCGACGAGGUUCUCUACUGCUACGAGGUGCAGCUGGAGAGCCGGGUGCGCCGGCGAGGGCUGGGCAAAUUCCUCCUACAGAUCCUACAGCUGGUGGCCAACAGCACCCAGAUGAAGAAGGUGAUGCUGACGGUGUUCAAACACAACCACGGCGCCUACCACUUCUUCCGGGACGCCUUACAGUUCGACAUCGACGACACCUCGCCCAGCGUCUCGGGCUGCUGCGGCGACGACUGCUCCUACGAGAUCCUCAGCCGGCGCACCAAGUUCGGCGAGAGCCAGCACGCGCACCCCGGGGGGCACUGCGGGGGCUGCUGCCACUGCGCCCCCCCCCCCCCCCCAACAUGGAUUUACCCAAAUCCGAAGGUUUUUACCCCAAAACGGGCUCGUCGCUCUGUGCCGCGUACGGGUGUCGGGCCUGGCUGUUCCCCCCCCCCCCUUAUUGUCACCCUACUGUGACCCCUGGAAUUUUGGGUGCUGUCAGGGAGGGUUCUGGUCCCCUCCCUGGAGCGGGGGUGUCCCGCGCUGGGGGGGCAGGGCUCAUAUUUUGGGGCACAAUGAGGGUUUUUGCCUAUUUUGGAUGUUUCCGGUGCUGUUUCCAGUGCCUUCGGGCAGCCAUGGACUCCCUCUUUUUGAUCGCUUCGGUUUGUACGUUACAAAUAAAUCGUUCACGAGGAAUAAACGGAGCUUGGUCUCGACGGGGUGACACCAACCCCCCCCCAGUCCGCACCAGUUUGCACCAGUUCGCACCAGUUCCCGGGGUGGGGUGGAGAUGCAGGACUACAUUUCCCAGCAGCCCCCGCGGCCGCGCCUUGAGCAAUGAAAGAAAGCUCCCGGCAUGCACCGGGGGGGCACGGGGCUGGCCCCGAGGGGCGGGGCCUCCCCCAGAGCUGUCAGGACUGGGGGCGUGGUUACAAGGAGGGGCGUGAUCUCCAGACUCCUCCCCCGGAAGUGAGGCAGAGCGUCACUUCCGCCGCCGCCGCCGCCGCCAUGCCGCUCGCCGUUCGCCUGGCCCGCGCCCUCCUGCGCCCCGCGGCCCGACCCGGCCCGGCCCGGCGCGGCCUCGUCACGGGGCCUCCGCAGGAUCCGUUGGGGCCCGCGGAGACCUCCGCCGGCUUCGCCGCCAUGUUCGCCGUGUGCCUGGGCCCCGCCGCCUGGGUGCUGGCGCACCUGGAGGACUACAAGAAGCGGGAGUGAGCCGGGGCCUGCACCGGGACCCGCACCGGGACUACGAACGGGACCAGCACCGGGACCACGAACGGGACCAGCGCCCCCCGGGCCCCCCGGGCCCCGCGCCCCAAUAAAGGCCGCUGAUGCUC